UCUCUCUCUCUCUCUGAUCGAUAACCUCUACUAAAACCCUAUUAGGCGAUUCCAGUUCUUAGGGAGGUGAUCAUUGAAAGGGCUCGUGAUGAACAACGAGCGCAAUAAGGUUGUUUAUGAUCUAGACCUUAAUUCUCCUCCCGCGGAUAGCCAAGAAGGGAAUUUGAUCUCGCAGGACAACGCCGUAUCCGCGGCAACCUCUGGCGCUGUCAACUCUCAUCCCCUGCCGAAUAUAGGGUCAUAUUGCACUCCGAUCAUUGUCGAUUCGGAUGAAGCUGAUAUGCUCUCUGCGCCCACUGGGUUUCCCCAGAUGAGGAACCCGUCUACGAGUAGCAUGAUGACGAUUGUCUUUGAUGAAGAUGUGGAAAUAAUAAAUCCGAGACAAUCAGUGAAUGUUACGAAGGACCCGCCAGCCACAUCGCCUCUCUUCACUGACAACAAGUGUGAGAGUGUUCCACCAAAUACGACCCUAAUGAACUGCGGUCACUUGCAGGAUACAGAUGCAGGUCGCAGUCCCAAGAAAAGGAAUGUAACAAGACCAACACAGGAGCCAGCAAAGGUUGUUUCGAAUGAACCCAAUGACGAGCCGGCGAAGGUUGUUCCAAAGAAAAACAAGGAGCUCCCCAAGAAUGACCUCGCCGAGAAGGAAAGAAGCAACCGCUCCUCCUCCGCCUCCUCCCCUGAAUCUCAUGAUGAUGCCGCCGCUGCCACCGAGAUCGACAACAUCAGCUCCCAACCCGACCACCUCCUCUCCACCAUCCUCCACUGCCUCCCCGCCCAAAUAGCCGCCAAAACAGCUCUCCUCUCCCGCCGAUGGCGCAGCAUCUGGACCGACCAUCCUCUGCGCCUCGACGGCGACUCCCUCAGCAGCCUCAGCCUCCGCCCCCACGGGCAGCCCGGCCGCACCACGAAGGGGAUGCACAGAAAGGAUUGGCGCUCUUGCUUAAUUACCGACAUCCUUACCUACCACCCCGGCCCUGUCGAACAAUUUCGCCUUGGCCGCACCCACUCCGGCAGCCGCGAGCCACUCCGCGACUCCUGGUUUCAAAUUCUCGCCCAAAAGAGCGUCUACCAGAUCGAACUGGAUUUCCCCUCCUUCCACCGCCGGCAAGAUCUGCCGGCCUCGCUCCUCGCCUGCGAGACUCUACGCACGCUCUCGCUGAGCAAUUGUCGACUGCCGGACGCCGCUGCCGCCCCAUUCAACUUCCUCCACCUUACCGACCUCAGCCUCUGCUGCAUGGAUCUGACGGAGGAGGUCAUAUCCAGCAUACUUUCAGGCUGCCCAGCACUUGCCCGCUUAUCACUCAUCCACAAUUUUCCCGUGCCUCGGAUUAGAAUCCGAUCUCGCCGUCUUCUUACCAUGACGGUUCGAGGCAAUUGGAUUGGCGAGCUUAUUAUCGAGGACGCCGAGAAACUUACACGGCUGGUUUUGGAUCGGUCGGAACCGAAGACAUCUUUGAAGAUCAUCAAUGCCCCGAUGAUCAAUACGGUCGAAUAUUGAGCGAUUAUCGCGGCGUGCAAGAGGUGCUGUGAUUCUGUGCUUAUCAAGAACAUCCAUUUUCUCCAUUUUCUCCAUCCCCUUUCUUUUCCCCUUUCUUUUUUUUUCGGUCAAUUGUAUAUGUGCUUAUGCAAAUUCUGCAACAUUAAAACAACAAAGCCAUCUGAAAAGCUAGAAUUUUUGAAGAGAAACCGUGGCAUACGGGGCAUACGGCACAUUUGUUGUCUA